GCCCAAGUUAACAGCCAACUUCCGACGCCCCACAAUAGCACUGUGUAACAAUCAUGGUUGGGAGCUGAUCAUUCAAUAAUUUGAGUCUCAAGUCACAAUGGCUCUUAAGCGUCUGACCAUUGUCAUCAAGCUAGGAACCAGUUCCAUAGUAGACGAGAACACCCAUGAACCUAUACUGUCCAUCCUUACGCUCAUAGUCGAAACAGUUGCCAAGCUUCACAGAGAAGGUCAUAAUGUUGUUCUUGUUUCGUCUGGCGCUGUUGGUGUGGGGUUGCGAAGAAUGGAUGUGGAAGAGAGACCUAAACACUUACCUCGGAUACAGGCAUUGGCUGCCGUUGGCCAGUGUAGGCUGAUGAGUCUUUGGGAUGGUCUGUUUGCGCACCUGCGUCUCCCAGUAGCGCAAAUCCUGUUAACUAGGAACGAUAUUGCCGAUAGAACACAAUACAUCAAUGCUCAAAAUACCUUCUCGCAGCUAUUCGAUAUGGGUGUAAUCCCGAUUGUCAAUGAGAACGACACUUUGGCUGUUUCCGAAAUCAAAUUUGGUGACAACGAUACACUAUCAGCGAUCACAGCAGCGAUGGUCAAGGCCGAUUACCUCUUCCUGAUGACGGAUGUUGAUUGUCUCUAUACUGCUAAUCCCCGUACAAAUCCCGACGCGCGCCCAAUUGAAGUUGUCACAGAUAUUUCAACCUUAGAAGCAGAUGUUUCAUCGGCUGGAUCAUCUCUAGGUACCGGUGGUAUGGGUACCAAGAUCAUCGCUGCAAAGCUUGGAACUAGUGCUGGCGUAACGACUAUCAUCACCAAGAGUUCGAAGCCCGGAAAUGUGCAUGAUAUUGUCAAUUAUCUCCAACAGCAGAGUCGAAGGCCUAUUGUACCAGAUGCAGCGGCCGAACCAGUCGAGAGCUUUGAGGUAUCAAGCAGCUCUCGGGCUUCGCCUCCGCUACACACGCGAUUCAUUCCAUCAGAGAAUCCAAUACAAUCCCGAUCAUUUUGGCUUCUUCACGGAAUGAAGCCCAGGGGUACAGUCUAUAUAGACCACGGUGCAUAUAGUGCUAUUCAGAAAAAGGCCAGCCUGCUCCCUGCCGGUGUAAUCGGGGUGGAAGGUCACUUCUCUCAACAAGAAGUGGUAAGGUUAGUCGUGAUUGGGAAAGUUUCUCCCGACUCUCUCGAUGGUGAUUUCCUUCAUCAUGGACAAGAGCCCAAGGAAGUUGGACGUGCCUUGGUCAAUUAUGGCAGUAUCGAGAUUGAGCGCGUUAAGGGCCACAGGAGCACACAAAUCCAUACGCUACUUGGGUAUGCCGAUAGUGAAUAUGUGGCGCUCCGUGAGAAUAUCGCCUUUCUGCAAACCGAUGACAGCUCAGGUCGGUAGAUCCCACCAGAGUCUCAAGCUAGGUGCUGAUACUGAGUUUGUUGAUCACAUUCUUCGAACACUUGAAAGACCUAUUCGGUAGGCUUCUAGCCUUUCCUCCCCCUCUCCCAUUCUAAGUCUUAAGCAAUACAGCUGCGCCGAAAGGCUCAGUUAGACUGAAGAUUAUGGUGCUACCAUUCCUGGCUAAGAUUACCUAGUUUUCAUUAAUUGACAGUAGCUUAUGAUGGGAUCUCGCAAGGAUAUAUAUCAUGAUCAAGUAGGUCUUUCUUGAUUCUAAAUCCAUUAC